AUGCCGCCAAAGAAGCCGGCGCCCACGGUGCGUAAAGGCAAACCCCACCACCGCAGCAAGAAGCUGGAAGAUGAACCGAAACGAGAUGAGGACACCAUCGACGAUGAGGUCGCGCCCGCCAAUCCCGCCUCCACCACCCAACGUGGCCCGAAUAGCGCGGCCGGGACCGCCGAGAAACCGGUUGGCAAGUCGAGUCCCAAGGAGAAAAGGAAGGAAAAGGUGGGUUGGCGGAUGAUUUUAGAUACUGGGGACCUAAUCCAGUGGCAUAAAAUGUGUCGUUUUGCAUCCGGGAAUUACCGAAAAAUGCAGCCAAAUACCUCCGUCUCCAAGUGAAAAACUUCGUUUUGAAGGGUCCCUCAUAAAAAGAGCGGGCCCGCUUUUGAAAUCGGAGUUUUUCACUUGGAAAGAGAGGUAUUUUGCCACAUUUUUUUGAUACUUCCCGGAUGCAAAAUGGUACAUUUUAUGUCACUGGAUCAGGUCCGCACUGUAUGUUUUUUUUGGAAAAAUCCGUUUUUGUGCCCUCUGGGGCCAAUCUUAGACUAGUCGCCGCAGAAAGUGCGUAGACUCUUUAUCAAGGGCCGUACUGCAUAAUUGUUUUUUUAAUUUCAAUUUCAGGGCUCGAGACAAAGGAGAUCAAGGCCCGCAGGCAAGUCAACAAAAGGUAGAGUAAAAAUUUUUUCAUCAAUAAAUUUGUCUUGCAGGCCAGACAACGGAGCAACCGGGCGAGGCGAAGGGACCUCAAAGGGGCAAAGAGCUGUCGAAAACCCAGCUAGAGGCCGCCAGAAGUUUUCUCACGGAGGUUUCCAAAUUAGGCAAGUAACUUUUUGAAUGUCGUUGUGGGAUAAAAAUAAUAAGAAAAAUUUGAUGGAUUUUUGUUGAUUUUUUGGUGGUAUUUUCCUGAUUUUUUUUUUGCUUUUGCAGGCCGAAAAAAGACCCAAGACAGGGCGCAGCUCGCAGAAAAUAUUUUUGUCAACAGCCAUUUUUUGUAAAUUGUUUUGGUCAAGAGCGUAGCUAAGGGAAACUCGAGAGCUCGGUAGAAGCGAAUUUUAUGUAAAGUCUAGGGCGCAGCUCGGAAAAAAUAUUUUUUUUGCGGUGGACUAGAAGCAAUUUUUUGCCAAUUUAUUUUUGAAAGUAGGCUACUAAACCCGCAAAUUUGCCUUUAUUUUUUGUUUUUUACGGAGAAGGCAGGGCGCAGCUCGGAAAAAUUAUUUUUCGCAGUAUUCCGGAAACGAUUUUUUUUGCCAAUUUAUUUUUGAAAGUUGGCUGCUAAAACCGCAAAUUUUUCCUUUUUUUGGUUUUUUACGGUGAAGGCAGGGCGCAGCUUGGAAAAAAAUUUGUUAUUUUUUUUUUAUUUUUUUCAUUUUUUACAGGCAGCGAAGGGGUCUGCAAAGAAUUCCAGGAAGAAGUGAAAAACUUCCUCCCGCCUCAGCCCAAAUUCGACGCAUUUGCCGCGAACACGACCCGCAACCGCUACAAGGACGUCGCUUGUCUGGACGCGACCCGCGUGGUCCUCACGCUCAACGUGCCGCCCGAGACGGACUACAUUCACGCCAAUUAUGUGCAACUUGAGGGCUAUGACACCCGGAAAUACAUUGCCACCCAGGUAGGAGGGGCGAGAAAUUGAAGAUUUUGAGUUUUUUAGGCGCCCACCGAGGCGACAACCCCCGAUUUUUGGCGAAUGGUCUACGAGACUGAGGCCACAUCCAUUGUGAUGCUGUGCGCAGUUGUGGAGAGUGGCAUCGAAAAGUGCGCCCAGUAUUUCCCGGCGCAGGAAGGAGCCUAUGUCAAUCAUGGGCCCAUGUUCGUCAACAAUCGAAAGGUGAGCUCAUUUUUAUGCACGGAGCAAAAUUUUCUAAAUAUUUUUUUUUUCAAAAUAUUUUUUUUUUGCAAAAUAUUUUUUUUGCAAGAUAUUUUUUUUGCACAGUGCAAAAUAAAAAAAAAUUUUUGAGAUUGUUUUUGCACUGUGCAGAAUUUGAAAUUAUUUUGCACGGUGUGAAAGGUCAGAAAUUUAUUGCACAGUGCAAAUUUUGGCCUGAUUUUUAUUUCACAAUGCAAAAUUAGAAGUUUUUUAGCACUUUGCAGUUUCGAAAAUUAUUUUGCACCGUGCAAAGUCUUGGAUUUUUUUGGCAUAGUGCAUGAUUUCAAAAUAUUGUGUUUUUGCACUGUGCAAAACAAUAAUUCUAAAUUUUCCAGGUGUGGACCCAGGAUGAACUUACAAUGCACACAAUCGAAGUUAUUCCGGACGGCUGUUCCAAUUCCGUGCUCACGAAGCUGAUUGUUAUGCACCAAUGGCCGGAUAGAGGUGUCCCUGGAAGCACGAUGAAAGUCCUCCGGCUGUUGAGAUCCAUCCCGAACGUGAGUUGCAAAAACAGACUUUACAAAAAAAUCUAAAGGCAUAGAGUUUUUUCUGGCUUGAAUUCAAAUUUUUUUACUUUUUUUGGGCCAUAAAUCAAAAAAAUCCCCCAAAAAACAAAAUUAUUUUUUCCAAGCUGCGCCCUAGCCUUGACUUCGAACUUGUUUUUCUACUUUCAUUCUGCAGCCUGAGGCAGUUUUUGAAUAGUAAUGUUAUCUUAUUUUUUUCAGGGAACCUGUGUGAUUCAUUGUUCUGCUGGCGUUGGUCGGACUGGAACCGCGAUUGCUGUGGACUUUGCCAUGUUCACCUUCAGGAAAAGACAAGAAAAGCCGGUGGUAAGCUGGGUAUUUAGAUUAAGUUUUAUGUGGCAUUUGUCCGUGGAAAAAAUAAAUUUUUCCAAGCUGCGCCGAAGCCUUGAAUUUGAAUAUUUUCUGCAGUUUUUGUAAGCAUUUUUAAUUGCUUUUUUGUAGAUCAAAGACAUCGUCAAGAACAUUCGAACGCAACGCGCCUGCGCCGUCCAAACCGAAGCCCAGUAUCUGUACAUUGUGACGGUGUUUGUCGACUACCUGAGCGUCAAAAUUAAGGAUAAAAAGACUCAAGCGUUGGUCCACCAGUUCAGGGAGACCAUUCCCGCUCCCAAUCCCGUCUGA